CAUGCAUUCUGCUUGCCGUCUGCGUAUCCGAGUCCCUUUCACAAGAAGCCUCUCUAGAAUAAAUAGGUCCGAUAGUAUUCCUUCCGACUUCGACGCCCUUCUACAAGUCCACGAACGUAUAAUCGAUCGACUCGAGGCCUCGCACGAAGAACAGCUGCUCGAGUUUCAACGGCAGCUGAAAUCAAUGAGGGAUGAACGUUAACUGAAAUUGAUGAAGGAUGAAGCACGCGAACAAGAAUGAGAAUGGGAUAAGGAGCGACGCCGUUUCUCUGAUAUUGAGGCUGACAAUGUACAUCUUCUCUACCAAGUCGCCGAGCUACAAGGAACCCUCUCUGCCAAGACUUCAUUGGAUCCUGUAUCCAUAUCACACAGACGUCAUCGACUCCAUCUACCGACGACGCCUAGGACCCCUCUCUCCCAGCCCUCAAUCCGUUCUCUCUGCAAUCAUCAACGGCGCCCUCGACAAUUCAUUCCACACAUACGCCUCCUGCAGGAAGAACGCCAUCUCCCUCAUAGACCCCCUACUCCACCAAGCCGACGUUGACAAAGCCGGCCAUAGGCUCUACAAAUCCUGCUGCAAAAACCUCCCACUCACCGGGUUCUCAAAACAUAUAUUUCUGAAACAAAACAAUCUUUCUCCUCCAAAGGUCGCUGCGUUCUUUGCCCUCGCUCAGUUCUGUCGGGAGGCGAAGAUACGAGUGCUAUAUCUGUCAAGAGAUGAGGAUAGGCUGUUGGCCUCGAUUUAG